CCUAGCUGGAAUAUCGAUCAUCCCAAACGUCUGGUCGUAAGACGUCGAUAUCCAGUCGUUUUAAUCAGUUGGGUUUACCUGACUUUGCGCAAUGGAUUGCGGGGGGCUUCCUCGAGCUCUGCGGCGUAUCGGAGCAGCGCAGAGAUGCGGGAGUGGGGAUGAGGCGAGAUCCGCAGCGGGGCAGCACGAACAUGCGGGCGGAGGCGAAGAACAAGAGCGACGCUUCUUCGGAGCCGGGGGUGUUCCUACCAUCACCUGGAGGCCCCCUCUUUGCAGUGCAUGGCAAUGGUUCCUUGGCAACAGUGGACCCUUCUCAAACUGCACCCCCAGUGGACGGGGGAAGCGGCAUCAUCCCUGGUGCCUGAUCACACAGAAGCUGGAACUUCUGCUCAAGGUGGGAUUGCCGCGGCGGUGUUCAUCAGCCUCCUGCUGGCCCUCUAUGCAGUGCUGUGGAAGUGCAUGGGGACCCCUCCCAGAAAGAAAGAGAAGAGAAAGGUGAAGAUUCAUGAACAGAGGGAACAGCUGUGCUGAGGGGGGCCGGGAGGGGGGGGGGCAUUUGCUGUGGAUGUUCAUGUCCAGCCCUCCGAGCGGACUCUGGGUCACGUGGGCUAGGGGGUCCUGCACAGGAGUCCUUUAUAGCGCCUUUCACCGUAUGGCUGACCUGCUGUGGUACGUCUCCAUAGCAACUGGACUGAAGUUGGAGCUCAUUCUUCCUGCUUAAAUGUAUCCGGCUGGUGAUGCGAGCAAAACAGCUCGUCGUACAGCCGCCGCAAAGACGUUGGUCUGCUGGUGCUGCUCAGGAGCCGAGAUGAACGGCGAGUCCCCUGGGCUACAGCCACAAUCCCUACUGAUCACCGUCUUGACGUGAGGAUAUGCAGCGUAUUGCUCUUAGGUUGCUUGUAUGCUGGACUGUGUUGCUGUAACCUUAACCGGGCUCCUGAAAUGUCAGUGCUGAGAUGCAUAUGCUGUGUGACGCGGAAGGAGAAACGGCAGCCAGCGGUAGCAAAAUGUGUUUAUUUCUGUUAGAUUUUGCAACUUGUGAACUUCAGGCCUGCUCAGCUGUCACUUUUUGGCCAGUUAUAUAUUGUUUUCCAAAAUGAAAAAAGAAUGUACAGAUAAAUAGUUAUACAUCAUA